AUGAAGGAAUUUUGUAAAAUAAUAUUAUUGUUUAUUGAACAAACUUUUAUAUACUUUUUAUUUUUUAUCUUACAACAAAAUGUAUAUUGCAUUUACAAAGAAAGAAAUGUAAAUGAAUUAAUAAAUAUAAUUGGCAAUGAUGAAUUAUAUUAUAAUUUAUUAAAUCUAGAGGGAAUAAUAUUACAUUCUUUAGAAAAGGACGAAUUAAAACUACCCUUAUUAAAACCAGAGGGAGAAGCAAGCCUAAAUAUGUCUAAAUUUAAAGUAGUUAGAAUUAUAAAUAAUAAUAAAGAGGAUAAUUACAUUUUACCUACUCCCAAGUGCAAUGCUGAAGAUAUAGUAAAAUUUGAAUAUAUUACAAGGGAACAAUUAAUAGCAUCUUAUGAUUCUAAAUACUCUGAUUUAAUUAAAAGAAAAAAUUUAAUUGUGAAAUCUUUAAAAAUAAUAAAAUAUAUGUUGGUACCAAUGGAUUUUUAUAGACAGACAAAUAAUAUGAAAGAAUCUUUAAUAGCAUUAGAUAAUUUAUUUUUUCAAAAUUCCAGUAGACACAGUGAGUCUUUAAUUUAUCAAACGAGGUAUAAAAUGUGGCUACUUAAAAUGAAAAAAUUAAUUCAUAAAAAUAUUAAAAAAAAAUUGUUUACAAAUAUGCCAAUUCAUAGUGAAUCAGAUGCACUUGAAAGCGAUGAUUUAUUUUUUACAACUAAUUCAGAUAUAAAUUCUAUGAAAAAAUUGAAUAGGGUGUCGGAUUUUUAUAACAUGGGGAUAUUUAAUUUGAUUGGUUCCCAUUUUAUAGUUUUAGGACAUUUUUUAGUUUUAAGGUUAGCCCUUAAACAUUAUCAUAAGUAUUUUGAAUUAGGAAGUGUAAAGUUUUAUAGUUGGCAAAACAUUUUACAAUUUAAUAUGUCGGAUAGAUUUAAAGUAUUAGAUUUAAUUUGUGAUGGAAGUGGUAAUUAUGAAGCAAAUAUGAAAAGAAGAAAACAAUAUUUAAAAAGUAAAAGAACAUCAUUGUUAGAAGAAUGUGAAGUAUUAGAGUUUUUAAUUCAUCAUAUUAAUAAAUAUCAGAUGGAAUUAUAUACUAAUGCUAACCAACUAAAUUUAAAUAUGCAAGUUUUAUUGGAGAAUAUUCAUGUAAAAAAAAAAUUUUUUGAGUUUAUGUGUAACAAUGAAGAGAAUUGCAAUAUAUAUGAGAGUGAAAAAUUUAAAAGUGAAUUUACGAAAAUAUCAACAGAAGAUGAUACAAAUGAAUUUUUAGAAAGCAUUUAUUCUGAACCCAAAGGACUAGACGCAUUCAAUAUAUAUAUACAUUUUCACCAUUUUAUAAAAUAUUAUAGUUAUUAUAAUAAAAAUAAUAUUUUGUAUGUACAUCUUUUAAACCUUAUAGGAAUUUUAAAUGGGGAAAGUAAAGCAUAUGUGAGUUCAAUUUACCUACCAGGAUAUUAUAAUAUUAUUCAGCUUUCAUUUGAUGAAAAACAUGACUUGACAAAACUUUAUGAAAAUCUUUUAGAAUGUGUUGAAACAUGUCACCUAGGUAGUAAAUAUAGAUCAUUAGUUUAUAGUACUGAUUUAAUCUUAAAUGUUAGAAAUUAUGAUUCACAAAUAUGUAAUAUGUGCGAAGGGACACUUUUCUAUAUAAAUGGUCAAACUCAAGAUGGUAUAACAAUGCUACAAAAAUUUUAUAGUUACGUCACUGAAGUUUUACAAAUAAAUAAUAUAAGUUCAUUAAUAAAAGAUAUGAAUAUUUAUGAGGAUUAUGCUAAUUUUUUAAUGCAUGAUGCAGAAUGGUUCACGUUUUUGUUAUUAUUUAGACUAGUCUCAUAUGAAGGUGUUGCUCGUAAGGGCAUAGUACAUGCCAUGUAUACAAGCUUAAAAGAUGAAGAUAAAUUCAAUAGAACCGUUUUAACAAGUUAUUGGUAUCCGUCACCUUUAAAAAAAUAUUAUUCAAUAUAUAUAAGAAAAAAGAAGUCUGUAAAUUUAUUAGAGAAAUUGGAAAAUUUAUUAAGUAGUCAUACGAUAGAAAAAAUGAAAAAGUGCAUAAAAUUUUAUAUACAUGUAAAUUCAUUUUUACAAUUAGAUUUUUUUUAUUACCUUAAUGAAAGUCCACUUAAACAACAACAUCCUUUUGGUUUGACUAUGUUAAUUGAGCAAAAAUUUAAAACUUGGUUUUUUGAUUACUUAACUGGAUAUUCCUUUAUAAAUUAUGAAGAAGAAAGUACAAGAGUUGAAAUGGCUGAAAAAAUGCAAAGAGGAGAAUUUGUAUUACCUAAAUAUAGUAAAUGGACAUCUCAUUUGAAAAAGAUAAUUGAAGCAUCAUAUGAAGUGUAUUUUGAACAAAGGCAUAUAAAAAAUUUGUUUAAAUAUUUUAAAACUUAUAAUAUAAAUAAUAAAAUAAUGUUAAUGAGAGAUUCAUAUGAAUUAUAUUUAGAGAAUUACAAGGAUAUACUAUUCACUGCGGAUAUAAUUGAUUUAAAAAGAAAUUUUUCAUUUUAUACUGACAAAAAAAGGAGAAAACUUAGAAGUUUUUAUUAUAUUCAUUCUUUCUGGGGAAAUUCAAUGAAUUACCAUAAGUUUGGUCUUGUAUAUGGAUAUACAGUAAAUAAAAAUUACUUAAAGGAGAUAGUUGAUGAAUUAUAUCCACUUUAUAUGGUUAACAAAAAUAUUUUUUCUGAUAUGUCUUUUAUACAGACAGUUUAUUUGCUUUUUAGAAAAAUUGAAAGUAGUUUUCACUCACACAGGAGAAAUGAUGACAUAAGUAUAAAUAAUAUAUUUUUUUUUAACGUAAGAAAAGAUUAUUAUAAAUUAAAUAGAAAGGAUAGAGAAGAAGAAAUAAAUUCUUCUAUGGCAUCUAGAUUUUUUUCUAAAACUUUAUUUUCGGUAUUCCAGAUGUUAUUUACUAUAAAAUUAAGCAAUGACAUAGAUAAACUUGACAGAUUAUAUGGUUCUAGUGAAAUGAUUGGUUUGACAGUAGAUGAAGAACCUUAUUUAAAAUUUGCUUAUGCAUAUUAUGGUAGUAUGAUGGAUAAUUUAAUAAAUACUUUUUUACCCUUAUAUAUAAAAAAACCAAUAACCCAAUUAAAAUAUGGGAAAACUUUUAUUCUAGCUAACAUGUAUAAAUUAUGUUCUGAUAUUUUUACGUUAUUAAAUUUAAAUAACUUAAGUCUUUUAUGUGAAUAUCAAGCAGUAUCUAGUUCUAAUUAUUAUUCUUACAAGAAAAUGGCACAAUUUAUAGAUAGAAAAUAUACAGGAAUAGUUAUAGGUGCUUUUAUUAUGAAACUUUGGGAUGUUAGAAUGGAAGCUCUAGGCCAAAGAGUAAACAAUUACUUUGAUAAGUUUAUGUGGCCAAAUAUAUUAUAUCCCUUAGGAUUGUUGAGCGUAUUUUUUGCAGGUAAUAUACUUUUUAGAAAUGUUUUAUACUUUCCCCGUACUUUACCUGGAGAACUUGCGGAACAAGUAAAGCAUUCCUUACCCGAAACACCUAAAGAAAAACCCUCUGUUUUUUAUAUUGAUGUACAGGUAAAUGUAGCCGUUUUCCAUAGUUUAUGUACUUCUAUGUUUUUGUUUGCCUUAAUGAGAUGGUAUGCUUUUUAUGAUAACGUUGUAUUCUUAAUUAGAAGUUAUAUUCGUUUGUUUGAUAGAUUCUAUUCUGUACUUGAAAAUUAUAUUGCUCUCUUUAUUAGGGGACAAGUAAAUAAAAUUACAACUGAUGCUUUAUUAAAAGCAUUUCAAAGAGCUUAUAUAGCUACAUUGAAUGAGGGUUUAUAUCAAGAGGCAAUUACAGCUAGAAUUACUUCCAAACAACUUAGUAAAAAAGAGAGUGAUAAAAAUAAUAGAGAUGAUAUACAAAUAUUUGAUACUCAAGAUAUUGGAAUAUUGUCAGGAAAUUGUGAUUUUAUGUACAUAGAUAGUCCUUCAUCUUUUGAAGAUUUAGAAGAAAGUGAAAAGUUCUUAAAUGAAAAGAAAAGUACAUGCUAUGAAAAAGAUUAA